AUCUUUGAAGGUCUUGCAGAUUUCUCAGGAAUAAGUUUUGCGUACGGAAAUUAAGUAUAGUGAUUUACGCAGAAGUCCUGUUAUCUUUUCGACGGAAUGGUAUUUUAACUGAAAUGACGAAGCUGAAUGCCACAAGAAACCUCACAGCCCGCCAGGGCUUGCCGCAUUUUUUGUUUUUCCUCUCUCUCGCUUCGAGUUGGCGAUCACCUUGAAGAAACUUGUUCUCAGUGGGCGUGACCGCUCCGUGUCGAAGAGAAAAACAAGCAAGUAUGUUCGUAGCUGCUGCGAGAAAUGUGUUUUCACGAUCGCCUCCUGUAGUCGCGUGAAAGACCAGAAAAAAAAAAGUAGCAGAACUUCACGAAUCAGAUGGCUCUCUGCUUUCCAUACCAUUGUGAUUUCAGUGAUACGUCCACAGUUGUAUCGGUGUCAUCGUAUGUUUUUGAAGAGUUUAUAUACUGCGUGACUGCACCCCAGGAGCCCUGUUCCACUGCGCUCGGACAACAAUAAUUCCGUUGCAGAACCUCGGAGCGUGCUACUCAUAUGUAGCCCUACUGUCGUCCUGAAGACGAUAGAAUGACGGUUCUGGCGGCAGCUAAGUCUUUUAAAUGCUUGACAUCACGUUUUCUGAUACAGUCCAAGGAUGCAGCACUGUAUCGGAGUGUGCAUUCAAAUGCAAGUGAACACCUUAAAAGCAUUUUACGUGAGGAAAUAAAUAACAUAAAAGCAGCUGGUAUAUGGAGGGAGGAAAGGAUUAUCACAUCGAGCCAAAGCACUUUGAUCAGUGUCGCUGGUCAAAACACGAAGAUACUGAAUUUCUGUGCCAAUAAUUAUCUUGGUUUAUCGAAUCAUCCAGAAGUAGUCCAUGCAGCAAAAGCAGCUCUUGAAAAAUAUGGUGCUGGAUUGAGUUCAGUUCGUUUCAUUUGUGGAACACAAAGUAUACAUAAGGAACUAGAAAAGAAAAUUGCAGACUUCCAUUGUAAGGAAGACACUAUAUUGUAUCCCAGUUGUUUUGAUGCAAAUGGUGGCUUUUUUGAGUCAGUGCUUACACCAAAAGAUGCAGUUCUUUCUGAUGAACUGAACCAUGCUUCCAUCAUUGAUGGUAUACGUCUCUGCAAGGCACAGAAGUUCAGAUACAAACACAGAGAUAUGGCAGAUUUGGAAGAACAUCUGAAGAAAGUCAGUGAUGCAAGACUGAAAGUGAUUGCCACUGAUGGUGUAUUUUCAAUGGAUGGCAAUGUUGCUCCUUUGCCAGAUAUAUGCAAACUGGCACAUAAGUAUGGGGCUCUCACAUUUGUGGAUGAGUGUCAUGCAACAGGAUUUUUUGGGAAAACAGGAAGGGGAACUGAGGAAUUCUACGGCAUGAUGGGAGCAAUAGACAUUAUCACAUCUACACUGGGAAAGGCAGUAGGUGGAGCUGCAGGAGGAUACACAACAGGUCCUAAGGAGUUGAUUGAUCUCCUAAGACGGCGUAGCCGGCCAUACCUUUUUUCCAACUCAAUGCCGCCAGCUGUUGUUGGAGCUGCAAUUAAGGCACUGGAUUUGCUUAUAAAUGACAGCUCAUUUACUGAACGUAUUCAGAAGAAUACAGAGAGAUUCCGUUCUGCAAUGACUAAAGCAGGAUUCACUAUUGCUGGGGAGAAUCAUCCUAUCUGCCCUGUCAUGUUAGGUGAUGCUAAACUUGCAACUAUUUUUGCAGAACAAAUGUUGUGUAGAGGCAUUUAUGUGAUUGGCUUCAGUUAUCCUGUGGUGCCCAAAGACAAAGCCAGGAUUCGGGUGCAGAUAUCUGCAGCACAUACAAAUGAUGAAAUUGACAAAGCUGUGAAUGCAUUUGUUGACAUUGGCAAGAAGCUGAAUGUGAUACAAUAAAAUACUUCUCAUAACAUGAUAAAUACUAAAUAUGUAUAACAGACACGCCUCAUAUAUAAAUUUGCAACACUGUGCGAACAAUGAUCUGUUUUCAUUUAUAGCACAGCCAGUCAUUUUACAAUUCACACUCUUAACAAACUUUGUUUCCAUGAGAUUAUGCAGUUUUAUAGUGGAAUAAACAUAAUACAUAUCAGCA